ACCUCGAGUUCAGUAUCAUUACGAGUAAAGACCAACGUGGUCGCCAUUCGGCAACUUACAAUUAGUUUGGACAAUUUUCAAUACGACUAGUAUUUGGAACCUGCCAGGCUUCGGUCGGUUUUGAUGGAUCGCGGUUGAUUCGAUCUGACAUUUUUAAACUUAGAGAUUCCGAUCCAUUCAUCCGUACAAACGCAAUGGAAAUACUUCGCAAGCCGGUCGUUGUUACAGUUAUUCGUCAAGGAAGCACGAUUUUUUCAAUUUUAACCCUCGCGUUGUUCGCCCUACUUUCCGUGGUCUCGGCUCAACUGGACAUUCCGCUUCGGGAUGAUCUGCUCCAGACGAUGAUUCGCGAGGCUGGAAGUGGGAAUUUGGACUACAGGAACGUCCUGGCGAAGCUCGAAUUCCAGGGGAUCCAACAGUGCAGCAACAAUGUUGCCAGUCAGUGGGCUUACGAGACCAACGUUAACGAGUUUACGCAAUCACAGGCGCUAGAAGCGCAGCAGCUGUAUUCGGAGUUUCAAAAUCAAGCAUGGCAGCUGAUCAAUAGGUUGAACAUAAACGGUAUUAGAGAUCCAACGAUCAGGAGACGUCUAACCUUCCUGUCGAUUGUCGGUCCAGCCGCACUUCCGCCGGAUCAAUUAGAAAGAUACAACCGCGUCAUAAAUGACAUGCUGUCGAUCUACAACAGCGCAACAAUUUGCGCCCACAACGAUCCAUUCCGAUGCGGACUGCGUCUUUAUCCCGACCUUUCCCAAAUAAUGGCAAAGAGCAGAGAUUGGGACGAAUUGCAGUACGUUUGGACAGAAUGGCGAAGACGGAGUGGCAACCAAAUGCGAGAUCUCUACGAGCAGCUGGUCGAUCUGAACAACGAAGCGGCGAGUUACAACAAUUUUACGAACGCAGCUGAAUACUGGAUGUUUCCCUACGAGAGCCCUGAUCUACAACAGGAACUCGAUGUUGCCUGGAACAGCGUUCGUCCACUCUACGAAGAGCUGCACGCCUACGUCAGAAGGAAACUGCGAGAUCUUUAUGGUCCGGAAAAAGUUAGCAGACAGGCGCCUCUGCCGUCUCACAUACUCGGUAACAUGUGGGGACAAUCAUGGACAAAUAUUGUGGACAUCACGAUGCCGUAUCCGGGAAAAAAUCGUCUGGACGUUACGCAAGAGAUGUUGAAUCAGGGAUACACGCCGAUCGACAUGUUCCGGGUAGCUGAGGAGUUUUACCUGUCCUUAAACCUGAGCGCUAUGCCGCCGGAAUUUUGGGCGAGCAGCUUAUUCAUCGAUCCUGGAGAUCGCGAUUUGGUCUGCCAAGCAUCGGCCUGGGAUUUUUGCAACCGUCUUGAUUACAGGAUCAAAAUGUGCACCAGAGUGACGAUGAAGGACUUGAUCACGGUCCACCACGAGAUGGCUCACAUCCAGUAUUUCCUCCGGUACAGCAAACUGCCACGAGAAUUCAGAGACGGCGCAAAUCCAGGAUUUCACGAGGCCGUCGGAGAGGCCGUCGCUCUGAGCGUCGCGACGCCUCGCCACCUUCAGACUCUUGGUUUGGCGCCCAGGUAUGCAGUGGAGCCUUCAGCGGACAUAAACUACCUCUUUGCUCUGGCCAUGGACAAGGUGGUACUCCUGCCGUUUAGCCUGACGAUGGACAAAUGGCGAUGGGACAUUUUUAACCGAGUUGUAAACAGGGAAGAGUACAAUUGUCACUGGCACAGACUGCGUGAACAGUAUUCGGGGAUCAAACCACCGGUUCUGAGGUCCGAGGACGACUUCGACCCAGGAUCCAAGUACCACAUACCGGCGAACAUCCCCUACAUUCGAAACUUUGUUGCUGGAAUUCUGCAGUUCCAAAUUUACCGAGCUCUUUGCCAAGCCGCUGGUCAACGAUCGCCUAACGAUCUUCGGAAGCCACUGCAUCGCUGUGAUUUUUACAGGAGCAGUGCCGCUGGUGGAAUUUUAGGGAGAUUAAUGGAGAAAGGAUCGUCCAUUCCGUGGCAGGAGACACUGCAAGAAGCCACGGGGGAAGUCAGACUCGAUGGCGAUGCUCUCAGGGAAUUUUUCAGGCCUCUUGAAGACUGGCUCAGAACCGAAAACCUCAGGACUGGUGAACUCGUCGGGUGGACUUACGAUGGAGAUUACUGCAAACGGAGCAUUGAAACGGCCGGACUUCAGGUCUACGGAAGCGGAUUUUACAACUCUGCAUUCACCAUCGAGUCGCCCACCUGCACCUUGCUAAUCACGAUCAUUGCGCUCGCCGGUUGCUUAAUGUCUUCUCUUCAAAGCGCGAUCGUUCACCUAUGAAAAUAAUUAGGAUACGUCGUGCUCAUUAGCCGGAAAACUCUCUUCUUUUUGUUAGGCUCAACGCAAUUGUAACCCGCCUGAUUCAUCAGCUUAUCGAACGACCUCAUUGUACAGAGAAAAGAAUCGGUUCA